CGUUCGCUGGCCGCCAUAUUGGAGUCUGUUACCCUGGAGCUCGAGUGGGGUUUGUGCCGGAGUGAAUCGGGAGUGAAAUCGGAGCCGGGGAUGAGCUGUGCCGAGGAGAAACGAGUUGUUGCCCGGAAGAAGAAGAACAAGCGGGGAGCGGCGAACGGCACCGUGGUCCCGGGAGAGAGUCGCAGUCCGAGUCCCAAUCCGGCGGAGGACGUGCCGAGGCCGCCGCAGGGCGAGCAACCACGGACGGGGAUGGAGCCGGAGCCAGGCCCAGGCCCAGGCCCAGGCCCAGGCCCAGGCCCAGGCCCAGGCUGGAGCGGGGAGCAGCCAUCCCUUACUGUCUACCAGCCAGCAAAGGACUGUUGUUUGUUGUGCCAUCAUGAACGCAAAGAUUGGGGAACUCAACAGAAUGGGAUUGUGGAUCUAAAGAAGUUGGCACAUUCAAUGCCUGCAUUAACUCAUGGCGGUCUUGAGCGGGUGCCUCUCUGGAUAUGCCAGGCAUGUCAAAAAAGAGUAGAGGAGGAGGAGCAACGGGCUGUCUGUGAACAGACCCUAAUGAUAGGACAAGAUGAAUAUCAGGCACGUAAAGAAGAGAUGACUGAUGACUCAGUGAGAACAAUGGCAGAAGGGGAUGGUAUCUCCAAUCCACACAUGUCACCAACAGAGAAAUGUCACCACUCUGCAGUUCACUGCUGCCACCAGGUCCACAGGCAGCCAAUAUCAUCCAGUAAUCCUCAUCAACAACAGCAACUUCAGCCAUGCACAGCCACUCCUAAUGGCACAUGUACAAAGGAAUCAAGCAAUGUAACUAGUGACUGCUCAAGAUCGCCCUCCUGUGUCUCUGUAAAAACCAAUUCUGUUCAAUGUAAGAACAUGUCCAGAAGGCCAACGCCACCAGGUGGAGAGUUCCACUGCUCUGAAGACCACAGGUAUUCCGUCCUAGCGGCACCACCCAACAGUCCCACUGGUUUGUCCUCCCAUCAGCAUCCUCUUGCAACUUCAAAGUCUCCUCAAGUUAUUACUGAGCCAACGGUUUCCAUUCAUCAACAUGAACAUGCAACUUCGGCAACGUCAUGUACCAUGCCCCACAGCACUGUCACCUCCACCGAUUCAAAUCGGAGAUCAUCCAUGACAUCUGGUAUCCCACAGAUUCUGCCUCAUGUACCCAAGACUUCUACAGUUACUGUGACAACUGCUACACCUCCAGAUGUGUCUUUGAUUUCAAAAACUUCUGCUGCUGCUGCUUCUACAGGUGUGCUUGUGACCCCAGUGCCUCCAAGUGCUAACCCUCAUAUUUCUAACAGUGGGUUGUCUUCUUUCCCGAAGUCUACAACAGCUGGCCCUAUUUGUGUCAGUCACUAUAACGGAUCUUGCCCCGUAACACCCUCACCAAACCCAGCUGCUCCAGGCAAUGGUAUCUGCAGGGACCAGUCAUGCAAGAGUCAUCUGUGUACAAAUGAAACUGCCUACAGCCCCACACAGAUGCACAAUGCAGAUGAAAGUCUGGAAGAAGAUGAUAGCUGUUCAGAGCAUAGUUCGUGUACGUCUCACACUGCCAAUCAGAAGGAAGGAAAAUACUGUGAUUGUUGCUAUUGCGAGUUCUUUGGUCAUGGACCGCCUCCUGCAGCUCCAACAAGUAGAAAUUACACAGAAAUCCGGGAGAAACUAAGGACGCGGCUGACAAAACGUAAAGAGGAACUCCCGCAAAAAUCGAGCAAUGGGUCAAUCCGGGAACCACCAGUAGAUGACAGGAAUGUUGAAGAUCUGUUAAACUACAUCAACAGUUCAGAACAGAAACCAGUCAACAGUGCCAAAGCAGCUAAAAGGGCACGGCACAAACAGAAAAAGCAGGAGAAAGCCCGCUCUGAGGUUUGUGAUCAAAGAUCAGAGAAACCAUGUCCAUCUACAAUGCAUAUUCAGGAUCUGGAAAAAGUUUCUGCAAUUAAUCAACACAUCCAAGAGGGGAUAGAAGAAAAAGUCUUAAUAUUCAACCAGCAUGUCCAAGAGGAUAUAGAGGACAAAGUUUCAAAGCUCAACCAGCAUAUUCAAGACGAUAUAGAAGAGAAACUGAAUCAACAAGAACUAUGGCACCAGGUGGAGUUGCAAAGAGUGAGCAGCAUCUUAACCACCAGAUUGGAACAGCUUAAAGAUCGAAUCAGAGAUUCUAUCAAAGCAAACUUCGGUCUGUGUGAUUUGCCCAAGGAUGACUUUCCAGAACUGACAUCUGUGGAGAAGGGUUUACUGAUAGACAGCAAUGGCAUCAUGGAUAAAGAAGAGGCAAGAAUAUUAGGCCAUCAGAAGCUCAAUUUGAAUUUGUCCUUAACAUCAGGAGUUGUGCAGAAUCACUUGUUGAAUGGAAAUAAGCAUGCAGUCAUCACAAAUCGAGAUCAUAAUGGCUCUGAUAUGGUUUUGUUGGAAAACUCAUUGGGAAAGAAAUCAAAGGGUUCAAAGUCUGAUAAUAUUUCUACACUCCGACUAGAGGAUGCUGGUGCAGUAGUACUGCAUAAACCAACCACAGAAUCAAAAGUGACACAGCAGAUGUCAAGAAGUGGGAAACAACCAAGGCAGCCCAAGCAACAGACUUCUGAGGAGACCAAGAGCAAAAAUGUGGUUUCAAGAAAAGAUCAUGAACAACCCACAGCUCCAAAAGUGCAGGGUUCCAAACAGCAUUCAGUUACUACUAAACAUAAGACAAAUCAGAAUCAUGAUGGCAAGUCAGCAGAGACUUCAAGAACUGUAACUGCCAAAGGUGAUGAGUCCAAGCAAAGCAAGUGGAAAGGAAUUGGUAUUCUUUGCAGCUCUGAAACAAGUGAAGACAGGAAAAGUAAUACUAAAUAUUCAAAUAAUGAGAAGGUGGAAGGAUCUGAAACAAGAGGAGUUAAGGAAGAGCAACAAAUAACAACUGACGGCUCUCAGCCAAAAGGCAAGAGCAAGAAAGGGAAAAAGAAAAAACAGGACAAGACCAACAACUGCGUUGUUCAGAGAACUGAUGAACUUGCAGAAGGGCAAGACAGUAUGUUGGCAUCCUCUGACACUCCAAAACCCAAACAAAGUGAUGAUGUGUUUCUCCCCAAGGACAUUGAUCUUGAUAGUGUGGAAAUGGAUGAGACAGACCGUGAAGUGGAACAUUUUAAGAGGUUUUGUCUUGAUUCUGCCAAGCAGACAAGGCCAAAGGUCUCCGUGAACUGGUCCAACUUCAGCCUGAAAAAGGGGCCAAGUACAGCACACUGAAGAUUGCACCACACUCUUGCCUAAGGAAAACUGGAAUUAUCCUGCAGUUAACACAUUCCUUACCUUAAUGGGUAUUGGCCUGUUCUCCCCAACUCAAAGCAAUUUGCUGUGAUCGAUAAACAACAUGCUGUGAUAUCAUCCACAACCAGUGCCUUAGCCAGAAGAAGUGCACAUUUCUAACUGGGUGGCACAAUUAUUUCUUGGGUUGGUUUGUUGUGCUGUAUGGUCAUUGUGAGAAAUGGUUCGUCAGUAGUGCUGACGCCAAUGGAGCAAUUCUGAAUUUCGGUAGAAACCAAUAACACAGUUUUAUAGAUGGACAAUUGAUUUUUUUCUUAAACGUUUUUUUUUCUCCUGGUUGGGAGGGGGAGGGGAGCAAAAGAGAGUCCGAAGAAAUAUGGGGUUGGGUAUUAUUUCUUUCAGAGAGACAAGGCAAACAAAUUUUGUAGCACUUAUCAAACGGAUUAAAAUGUAUCUGUUGUACAUGUGGACUAUUAUCGAACUGACUUUUAGAGGAUCUUGUGCUCUUAAUUAUAAGCAAAACAAGCAAGUAUGAAGAUCGAAUAAAAUAUUUCACCACUCAAAUUUUGCACAGCCAUGAGUGAAGCUUUACCUUUCCUCCUGUGGCAAGAAAAGUAUACAGUAAGUGCUAUUUUGGAAUUUUUUUGGGGGAGGGGAAGGGAAGUAAAGGUGGCCAUAAACGUAGUUGUCACCUACAUGAUAACGAUACAGCAAAGACAACAGUUCUUGUCUUUAGAUUUUAUGUAAUAAACUGAGAGAAUAAGUAAUGUGCUUUUUUCAUGUGACAGAUUACCUUCCCACAAGUCUGAGAUGUUUAUAUGACAUUUGUAGAAUUUAAAAAUAUAUGAAGAAGGGCGGUAAGCUAAGUUUCUAUCAUUACUUUCAAAACUGACACCUAGGUUAGAGUGUGCAGCCUGUUUUCCUGAAUAAGUAUGUAAGAGUCUGUAAAACACUGAAGUUGAGUCUUGAUUGUGGAGCAAUAGAAAUUGCUGUAGUCCCCAUUAAAACAAACAACUCAAGAUAACUUUGAUGGAAAGUACUCUUCCCCUUUUGGCUUUCGAUAUAUUACCCAGCUGUAUCGAUGACAGCAGUUAAUUGAGAACCCACGUAGUACGCUAUAAGGAAAUGUAUUGUCAGGCUAAUAGCAUUGUAGUUAAUUGUGCAAAGUGCUCAUUAUUAGUUGGUGUUGUAUAGUUAAAUUGAAAGCCUUACUUCAGCUUUCAUCUCAAUUUAAAAGCCCUCUUUCUUCUAAUUACAAUAUCAAAUUCAGAAGUGCUAGAUCCCCUAUUACAAAGAUGGUUUAAAAAAAAUGGGCACUAGAACAAUAUCGGUUGUCAGUCUGCUUGGAGCACAAAUUUCUGAUAACUGUUAUCUUUUGCAUUGAAUACCAGCAAUAAUCGCAAAUAACUUUGGUUUUGAUCUGAAAUCCAGUGUCGCCAGUGUACUGGGGUUGCAAAUUAUGAGAAAGUAUGGAAGUGAAAUGUGAAGUCUUUAAAAGAAAGCUUUGCAGUUACCGUUUUGGAUUACAGCAUGGGAGUAAUAGAGCUUGUCAUUACUUGGUGUAGUCAUCCAGUCAGGUGUGCUGCAGUGCUGUUUUCAUAUAGCAGAUUAAUUGUAUAGUGAUCAGACACUUUGAUUAGAGCCUAUUUGCAUUCAGUCCAAGUGCUGCAUAUGUCUUGUCAACAAUUGAGCACGCUUAAUCAAAUUUUAGAUAUAUCUAUGCUAAAAUUGAUUUGAAAUUUAAUUCUGGUUUUUUAAAAAUUAAUCCUAUUUCUUGAAUUGCUGCCACAUCCUACCCAAGGAUUCUCGGGCGACACGGUGGUUAGCACUGCUGCCUCACAAUGCCAGGGAUCUGGGUUGAUUCCACCCUCGGGUGAGUGUCUUUAUGGAGUUUGCACAUUCUCCACGUGUUUGCGUGGGUUUCCUCCAGGUGCUCUGUUUUCCUCCCACAGUCCAAAGAUGUGCCGGUUAGAUGGAUUGACCAUGCUUAAUUGCGCAUAGUGACCAGGGAUGUACAGGCUAGGUGGAUUAGCCAUGGGAAAUGCAGGGUUACAGGUAUAUAGUAAUGGAGUAGGUCUGGGUAGGAUGCUUUUCAGAGGGUUGGUGUGGACUCGAUGGGUCAAAUGGCCUGCUUCUGUAGGGAUUCUAUGAUUCUAAGUACAAGGCUGUAAUUGCAAGAAAGAAAGGAAAAGAUGUGAGCCAUGUGGUAUCUUCAUGGCAAGUAUUAAUUGCUGAAACAAACUGGUUGGUAUCUGCUAUAAGUCGUGGAAUAGACCAUACUUUGCAGUGUGUUAUGCUGUAAGUUAAUGGCUUCCUACUACACCACCAUAUUGGAGUGUGUAGUGGUGAUUUAUUUAUAUAUAUAAAUAAAAAACCUGUAGUGGCCGACCCACUUUCAUAUUAUGGUCAAUUUCCAACUUGGAAUUGAUCAUUUACAAUAAACUUUAUAAAUGUGUCUAGAAACCACAUUGUAAAUAUUUUGUGUAUAGUGGUGUCAGGUGCGGGUAGUGUUUAAUACACACCUGCACAAUACAGACUGACAAACUUUAUAUUCAAGUGUUUUUAUCUACUUCAAUAACUCUCUUGGAAAAGUAAAUCGGCUAUAAUCGUUGUAAAGUUCAUUUUAUGUGAAGAUUAAAUAAAAUCCUCACCAAUGUGAUGGAAACUGAAUGAGAGCCUUUGUUGUGUAUUAGUGCCGAGUUGAAUUUACAUUGCAAUAUAUGACUUGUGAUUUCAUCCUUUACUUUUCAAUGCUGUCAACAGGUCAUACUACUUGAACCCCAGGGUAUGCAUAUCAGUAUCACCCUAUUCCCACAAGGUGAACAACACUAUACUUGAUUCAUUUUAUUUCUAAAAUCCUGUUUCUUGGUUGGUAUCCCAUUUAUAUUGUUGCCUUAUUAUGUUUUUGUUAAAGAGAAAGUUUGCUUAUGAUAUUUAUAAUGCAUUUUUAAAUAUAUUAUAGUGGAUGCUAUUACAAAAAAUCAAUUUAGCGUGAAUCAGGUGGCCAUUAUCAUCAAUCUGAGUUCAUGACUGCAUUGUAGAUAAUGUAAGAUAUAGGUUUGCUUAUCAUUUUCAUACCCUACUGAUCACUCCUGAAAUUAAUAUCCAACCUGAAAUGUAAGUUUAUUUUCAGAGUGAUUUUCAUUAUGAGAGAACAGUAUGAAAACCCAUUUUGCUUGUGAGGCCUUUUUCAUACUUGCAAUACACCUUGAUAUUUUUGGAAAGUGAUACCCAUCUGUUGAAGUAAUUUCAACUUUGGGCACGAUAUCAAGGGCACAUGUUUCAAGUAAUUACUUGUAGUUAUCAAGUUUAAAGAUUUAAUGUUGUCAUUUUUUUGUCUGUUUAAAUUGUAAUUGUUAGUUUUGUUUUGUUCUAUCAUGUGUACCUUUUUUAUGUUGUAACAAGGACAAUUUUUUAAUCUACUUAAAACCAAAAAUUGUAGUUUUAUAUUAUUUCCUGGCAUUAGCCAGCUUGAACUACAACCUAAUAGUAUAAAUUGACUGUUAACACUAAAGAAUGUAGGUUUGUACUAUUCCAGCCAAGUCUCUUUGGCAUCCUUUCUUAAAUUAUGUACUGUGACUUGCCUUUCUUUUUGCAAGAUAAAUACAAUGACUUGAUGAA